AUGGUAGCUGAAAUUGAGAAAAAGAUUAUAGAAGCUUUCGAGGUGUUUGACCAUGAAUGCAAUAAAACUGUUGAUGUCAGAGAUUUUGGUUCCCUUGUCAGGUCACUGGGUUGUUUCCCAAGUGAGGCAGAACUAACUGAACUGCUUGCAGAGAUAGAAGAACAAGAACCGACCGGACACAUUCAUCUAGAAAAAUUUCUUCCGGUGAUGACAAAAAUGCUACUCAACAGAAGCUACCAGCCUAUUCCAGAAGAUGUUCUUCUACAUGCAUUUGAGGCUUUGGAUAAGAAUAAAUGUGGAUAUAUUACUAAAGAGGAGCUGGUCAAGUAUUUGACUGAAGAAGGUGAGCCCUUUACGCAGGAAGAAAUGGAGGACAUGCUGUCCACUGCUCUAGAUCCAGACACAAAUACUUUUCACUACAGAGACUUCAUUUCAAAGAUGGUAGUAGAUGACACUUAA